AUGCCUCUGCCAACUGACCGUCUUCCUUCUCAUUUUCAUCUUUGUGGGUGUUCCACUUCUAAUCGCCAUCUUCCCGAAUAUCAUGGUGAAAAUGUUCUUCCUCAACUUCAGCACAUCCUUCCGAAGUCCUUGUCGGCUGACUAUCGUGAGAAGGGAAUUCAUCCAGAUGAUGAAGAGAUCGAAAGAUCUCUAUCGCGUAUAGAGUACCCGAUCGUGUUGUAUCUACAUGGUAAUUCAUUUGACAGAACGAUUGCACACCGUGUUGAGUUGUACAAUUUAUUGAAUAAGCUCGACUGUCAUGUGGUUACGUUCGAUUAUCGAGGGUAUGGAGACUCUGAUGGUGACCCUAGUGAACCCGGUUUGGUCAACGAUAGCCGUGUUGUUUAUGACUAUGUGAAAAGUCACUGCAAGGACAACGCUAUCAUUGUGUGGGGUCACUCGAUGGGAUCUGGCCUGUGCGGUGGAUGCCUGAAAGCAUGGUUCAAAGAAUUCUCAUACAGCCGUUACGUGAUGUAG